CACACCGGCGCGUUCCUUCACUCAGCGCAGGAAAAGCUCGUCUUGCUCUUUCCGGCUUUGGCCACUAGGGGCAGACCUGAGCGGCUCUCUCCCAUCCCCAUCCCCACCACCACGUAGCAUCAGGCAGUUCAUCGUUGUUUCCUUUAUACAUCGAGCCGUGUUUAAUUCGCAGAUCCGUUUGCUUUACUGUAUUGGUUUUUGUUUCACAACGCGCGCGCCCCCGGAAAAAAGGAAGGAAGAAGGAAGCCACCUCCCCCAAAACCUACCAGGAGGGGGGAAAUCAAAGAGCUGGAAGUACUGCAGAGAAAGAGAAAAAAAAAAGAUCUUAGGACCGAGAGAGGAGCGACCCGAAAUCAAGAUGUAAAAAAUAAAAAUGGAACAUCGGGGACGAUGGUGGUGGAGGAAGAUGGUGCAACGCUGAGCGGGGGGCUGCGCUCCUCCUCGGCCUCUUCGGGAGCAAGUGCUUACCGGAAACCUGAAAAAUCUGAGACCCAAACGAGGAUGCGUCCUGUCCAGAAGUCCUUGUGUGCGCUGAUGGUGCUGACGGCCUCCUUGGCAUUUCUCUAUCUUCAUGUGUGGUCGCCAAAGCCCUACACUACUGUGGACCUGAGACAUCGGGCUGACUGGGUGCCGGAACAACUGUUGAACGACCGCCUGCUGGUGCCUGACAAGAAAUAUGCACACAUUGCUUUCCGGAUCAAGGAAGAGAUUGUGGAACUCCUUCCUAAGAACUCUUGCAAAUGUCAGGUGGAACCGAGCAUGAACCUUCCCUUCCAGAAACAGCUCUUUGGUCACGUCUACUCUCUGGAAUUUGCAAAUGCCUUCAGACCUUCGGAACUUCCAGAAAUCAACAGCCAACGAGAACAAGAGUAUCGAAGUUAUCGGCAAAGGUCCCAGUCCCCAGCCGACCAGCUCCUUAUAGUCCGAGCCAAUUCACCACUGGAAUAUCCGGCUCAGGGCGUGGAGGUUCGUCCCCUCCAGACUAUUCUCAUCCCAGGCCUGAGCUUGCAGGCGACUGAAAGAACCUUGUACCGGGUCAACCUGACAGCUACGAUGGGCACUUUUGAUGUGGCUGCAGAAGUGGAAGGUGUCAAGGUGGAAGGGGAAGGGAGAAUGCAUCUCACCCUGUCAGCAUCCCAGCUGGAUAACCUCAAUCGGCAAAUGCAGUUUGUCACCUAUACCAACACGCUUUUCCAUCCCAACACAGCAGAUACAGUGCAGUUUUCUACCGAUGAGCAUCAUGCGUCUUUCAUCAUUCGCAUCCGCCAUGCGCCCACCCCAAGACUCUACAACCCAGGAUCUUCCAGUGGAGGGACCAAUGGAGAGGAAUACAAUAUCAGUGCCCUGGUCACUAUAGCAACCAAGACCUUCUUGCGCUACGACAAGCUGCGAGCCCUGAUCGACAGCAUCCGCAAGUUUUACCCCACCGUGACCAUCAUCAUUGCUGAUGACAGCCUGGACACCGAACGUGUGGAGGGCCCCCACAUUGAGCAGUACUUCAUGCCCUUUGGCAAGGGAUGGUUUGCUGGCAGAAAUCUGGCCAUUUCCCAAGUAACCACCAAAUAUGUCCUGUGGGUAGACGAUGAUUUCAUUUUCACACCCCGCACCAAAGUGGAGAAGCUGGUGGAUGUCCUUGAGAAAACUAGUUUGGAUCUGGUGGGUGGAGCAGUGCGGGAGAUCACGGGCUACACCACCACAUACCGGCAGCAGAUCAGCGUGCAACCUGGCAAUGAGGAUGGGGACUGCUUGCGAACCCGCCAAGGUUAUCACCAUAUCAUUGAAGGCUUCCCUGACUGUGUGGUCACGGAUGGUGUGGUCAACUUCUUCCUGGCACGCACUGAGAAAGUGCUCCAGGUUGGCUUCGAUCCUCGUCUCAGCCGCGUCGCACACCUUGAGUUCUUCAUCGACGGCCUGGGCAUUCUGCACGUGGGCUCCUGCUCCAACGUGGUGGUGGACCACGCCUCCAAGAUCAAACUGCCAUGGCUCAAGACAGAGAGCGAGAAGCAAUACGCCAAAUUCCGCUACCCCAACUCCAGCGACAACAGCCUGAACACCAAACAGAGCUUAUUCUACUUCAAGAACCGUUUCAAAUGUAUGACGGGCAACUAGCCUUUGAUUCUAGGGCACCCAGCCCUAACCUAACCGCUGGCUUAAGUCCUUAAGCAGUCAAGCCUACUGAUCUCAGGCAGCCUGCUCCGGCAA